CCAGGAGUGAUGGGUUCAGGUUCUGUCUGGGCAAAGAGGUAGGAGUGUGGAAAAAGGACACAAAAAUGACACGGCUGUUCCACAUACGGCAAAAAAACUGGCACAGUACCAAGCACAAAUCAACAACAUGGAAACAGGCCUGAGUGUAGGUUCCUGGGGGACUUGGUAAGUCUGGAUAAAACAAGUAAGUGAGAAGACUUAGUUGCCCUGAUAUUUAGCAUUUCAGACAUUAAAGGCUUCUACAGCCUGCAGAUAUUUUCAAAAAUUAUUCUUUCCAUGCUGGUAGAUGGGAAACAGUUUCUGCCUGCUAGAGAGAUGGUCAAGGUGAGCCAAGUGGGCCCUUUGUUAGGGGCAGCAAGGACAGACUGGAAAGAGAGGAAGCAGGAAGAUGAGUCACAGCAGGGCAGGCGGGGGCAGUGGCCUCACCAGCAGAGGAGCAGUCCUGAAGUACCUAAGCACAAAGAACAGGUCAGGAUGAGGAUUGGAUAGCAGAAUACGUGGCCAGACAAGGACAUGGCUGUGCUAGCUCAGGCAGGGUCCAAGGGUGACACUUAGCUAUGAUAAGGUCAAUGUUGCUGAGGUUUCUCAAAGCCAAACACCGCUAUUACUUAAACUGGACCUGAGUCCAGCCAAUCCCCUAGGAGGUGAAGAAUAUGUUCAGGGCCCUGACAUUGUUCUAUCAGGCCUGCUUGUAGCCAUCUUGCACAGCAUGCUUGCUCCACGUUUCUCUGCCAGACAGCAAAGCUGUGUAUAUGGUUGUGUUGGAAGUACAAUACAAGUCUUGUGGCCUGGGUAAAGAUAAGAAGUCUUAACCUUUUAAGUCAGCUAUUUGAAUUGUCAAGCAUUCUAAUAUCUGUAGUGCCUGGAGGAAAAAAAAAAGACAUUUUUUUCAGCUCUAGGACCAAAGCUUUUACCUUAUUUUCAUAAAUAGGAUGGGUAUGUUGUAUAGGUCCUGGCAGGGAGAAGAUGUAGCAUUUUACCCAUAAGCUAUGUUGGAGCUUCUCAGACCUUUCAGUAGGUACUUGCAGCAGAAACAGUUGAAAAGCCUAAAAGGGUCUUUCUCCAGGAGAAUUUUCAGAUUCUCCUAAGGGAAGGGCUGGGAUAUUUCUGUUUGUGCAUAAAGAAGUACAGAAGACUGGGAAACAGGUCAUGAGGGAGAGCUUAGUCAUGUGUGGAAAUCUUCCCAGGCCUCAUGCCUUUCCUCACAGCAAGACCUAGAAUGUACAGCCUGGUGAGUCCUGUGCAAGUUUUCCCUUUCUUCCAAUUGGGAGACAGAUUGUAGCACUAGAAAGAAUCAGGAAACAAGUGUCAAAAGGAAGAUCCCAGUUUUGUCUGGUUUUUGGUUGUCAAUUCUUCUGUGGAAGCUGUAGUUGAGGUGGGAUAUAUGUAUUUCCCUGCCCCAUCUCCCAUUAAUUAUGUUCUAUGUUCUGUGACUUGCUAUGCAGCAACUGUUCUUACCACAGCCACACAAUAUGGAUUGUAGACACAAACCUGCCAGAUUUCACAAAGCCUUGAUGCUAUGUUUGGACUCCUGAAGAAAUGGAGAAGAAUGGCUGUAUGUUGGAGGAAAUCAAACAAAAACCAAACAGGAAACCGAAACCCCCAAAUUCUUCCUGAGCUUUGAUAAUGAGGGCUGAUUUCCUGGGCUAAGAAACUGAAGAUCUCUUUGGGGCAUUUCUGAGCUCCCAGGAAUUCUUGGGUUAUCACCAGUGCUUCCAGUGUUCAGCACAGCCUUCAUUGAUGGGAAGAGGGUGAAUGAACGGAUGGGAAAGGCUCAGUGACCUAUUUGUGCCCUCCUCUGGAAAAAAGGAGCUAAAAGGACCAUCUUUUAUGUGGCAAAACUAAGGACAGGGUCACACUGUGAUUAAAUGGCAUCAGAAAUCACCUAUGCUGAGGUGAAGUUCAAAAAUGAAUCGCCGACUCCAGUGGUCAAAGGACUUCCUGAGAAAAAGAAGCCUGAGCAACAUCCCCAGAAGUACCCACUCUGGCUGCCAUGGUUGAUCUCACUGCUGCUUCUCUUGGUGUGCAUUGCCCUUGUUGUUGUCCUCCUUGUGGUGGUUCCCUUCAGCCACAGCAGUGACCAGCCCUCAGCCCUGCAGCAGCAGUUCUCAAAGUGGGAGUGCGACUCAGCGGUGCCACAAGGCACAGAGCGAGGCUGGACGUGCUGCCCAAAGGGCUGGAGAAGGUUUCAAAGAAGCUGCUAUUUCCUGUCCCUUGAUAGGAUGAAUUGUGCUGAGAGUGCACAGAACUGCACUGGGAUGGGCUCCCACCUGGUGGUGAUCACCAGCAAGGCAGAGCAGGAAUUCCUCUACAAGCAGAAAACUCCAUCCACAAAAAGAGAUAAUAUCUACAUUGGUCUUUUAAAGGACACAGUGGGCCAGUGGCAAUGGGCGGACAAGACUCCAUACAACGGGACACCCACGUUCUGGCGACAAGGAGAACCAAGUCCAGGCCAUGAGAACUGCACAGUAAUGCAUGUGCCUGAAGGAAAUCUGAAUAACUGGAAUAACGUCAAUCCAGAUACGAUGCAUCAUCGAAUUUGUGAAAUUGCAGCAGUAAUUGUGUGAUGGAAAUAUCCCCGUCCUGAGUAAAGCUGGGAGCUGAGCAGGCAGCUGGGAACAGCAUUGGCUGUGCUGGGAACAGUGGGGAGGUCUGACACAUCUUCACUGUGUGGGGUGGGACCAUGUGUGUGGAAGUGCAAUGAGCUUUGUCCAGCAUCCCCAGUGCACGUGGUGGCUCAAGGAACACAGGGAGGCUCAGGUUCUUCAAAGCAGGUUUUGUGUUCUUGUGUCUUCUUCUCUCUGAGUGGCUCCAGGAGCUUGUGGCAGAAAAGAGAUGGACUUCUCCAGGAGAAAGGCACAGGAGUGGAAGUCAGAUAUCCAGAGAUUCAAUGUCCUUUGUCUCCUUGAGCAGAGCUGUUUACUUUUUGUUGAGUCACAUGCAAAAUGUCCUCUAGCUGUACUGGUUUUGCUGAACAAAUUCUGAAAACUUAGACCUGAGAAAAUACAAUAUCACAGCAAUGAAGAAA